AUGGAGAGACCGGACAGCAGCAACACGGAAACAAACCGUCCCUUCUCACGGGUAUAAGACCAACCGGAAUAACGCUGGGUGAAAUCCAUGCGAAGAGCAUCAGCAGGUACCGACUUCACCAUGUUUCGCCCGGUCCUCCUUCUCAGUGCUGUGACGGCAGCCUUGGCUUCUCCCAUCAAACACGCUCCCAAUGCCCAAUACGACUACAUCGUGGUCGGAGGUGGUACCAGUGGCCUGGUCAUUGCCAACCGCUUGUCGGAGAAUGCUAAUGUCUCCGUUCUCGUGAUCGAGGCGGGUGACUCUGUGCUUCACAAUCCCAACGUGACUGCUGUCGAUGGGUAUGGACUGGCAUUUGGCUCGGACAUCGACUGGCAGUACCAGACUGUCAACCAGACGUAUGGAGGCAAGUCGCCGCAGGUCAUGCGUGCAGGCAAAGCCUUGUCGGGAACCAGCGCUAUCAACGGAAUGGCCUACACGCGCGCCGAAGAUGUGCAAAUCGACGCCUGGCAACAGAUCGGCAACGAGGGCUGGACCUGGGACAGUCUGUUCCCCUACUACCUGCAGAGCGAGAACCUGACCAUCCCCAGCCGCAGCCAGCGCCUGGAGGGUGCGACCUUCAACGCCUCCUACAACGGCGAGCAGGGUCCCUUGACGGUCGGGUUCGGCGCGAUCCCGGCCAACAACCUGACUGCUACGCUCAACGCCACGUUCCACGGCCUGGGUGUCCCCUGGAGCUACGAUGUCAAUGGCGGUAAGAUGCGUGGCAUCAACAUUUACCCUUCGACCAUCAACCUCGACGCCAACGUGCGCGAGGACGCCGCCCGCGCGUACUACUGGCCGGUCGCCUCGCGUCCCAACCUGCACCUGCUGCUGAACACCUUCGCCAACCGCAUCGUCUGGCGCGGAGAGGCUCGCAAGGGCGAUGUUACGGCUGCGGGCGUGGAGUUCUCCUCGGCCAACGGAACGACCACCGUCGUGACCGCACGCCAGGAGGUUAUCAUCUCGGCGGGAUCGCUCAAAUCGCCUGGUAUCCUCGAGCUGUCGGGAAUUGGCAACGCAGCCCUACUGAAGAAGCACAACAUCACCGUGCAGGUCAAUCUGCCGACCGUGGGCGAGAACCUGCAGGACCAGACCAACGCGCACACCGAGGCGGCGACGUACAGCGAGCUGACCGGCACCAAGUACGUGGUCUACCCCAACGUGUACGACGUCUACGGAAACGAGACAAUAUCAGUAGCCCAGGCCAUCCGCAAGCAGAUCGGCCACUACGCCAAUGCGACGGCCGAGGUCAGCGGCGGCGUGAUGAAGGCCUCGGAUUUGAAGGAUUUGUUCGAGGUGCAGUACGAUCUCAUCUUCAACCAGCGCGUGCCCAUCGCCGAGAUCCUCUACUACCCCGGUACUGGCGCAACCCUGGCGUCUGAGUCCUGGACUCUGUUGCCGUUCGCUCGCGGCAAUGUGCACAUCGCGUCUGCGGAUCCGACCGCCAUGCCCACGAUCAAUCCUAACUACUACAUGUUCGAUUGGGACCUGGACAGCCAGAUUGCCGUGGCCAAGUACAUCCGGGACUCGUUUGCGGCGGCUCCGUUGGGCCAUCUGGUCAAAGGGAUGGCGACUCCGGCCCCUGAUGUUGUUGCACAGGAUGCUUCCGAUGCGGAGUGGAAGGCGUGGUUGUUCGACGGAAAUUAUCGCUCGAACUUCCACCCGGUCGGAACUGCCGCCAUGAUGCCGCGUGAGAAGGGUGGCGUCGUCGACACCAAGCUGAAGGUGUACGGCACGACCAACGUGCGCGUCGUCGAUGCCUCGGUGCUGCCUUACCAGGUGUGCGGUCACUUGGUCAGCACCCUGUACGCUGUCGCGGAGCGUGCGGCGUAUCUUAUCAAGGACGAAUCGGCCUUUUUCUAG